UAGCGAGGAGACGCGAAUAGCGCAUGCGAACUCUAGAAGGCAGGAGGUGCGAAAGGAAGCGGUAGGGGUGGCAUGUCGACCGUUGUCCAUGUCUUUCAUCAUGGACCUCGAUCGCUCCUCGCUAUUAAUCGUUCACUCUCAGGGGGCCUUCUCAGGCGUUCGACCCUGCUUCCUCUGAAACAAAAGUCCUUUCGAACCUCUAAUUCUAGUGGAUUUCUAAUUUUGGCAAGCGCCUCUUUUGAAGAGGACCUCAACAACAGGGGAAAACCCCUUUACAAUUGCUCCAAGAACUCCUUUCUUUCAGGUCUGAUACAGGAAAUAGAGCCUUUGGAUGUGAGUCUCAUACAAAAAGAUGCAUCUGCAGAUACAAUAGAUGCCAUGAAGAGGACAAUCUCUGGCAUGCUGGGUUUAUUGCCUUCAGAUCAGUUUCAUGUCCUGAUUGAGGCCUUAUGGGAUCCCCUGUCCAAACUCCUCGUUUCUUCCAUUGUGACUGGGUAUACUUUGCGAAAUGCGGAAUAUCAGCUUUUCCUCCAAAAAAACCUUGAUAUAUCUGAGGGUUACUUAGGAAAACAUAAACUAGAGCAUUCAAGACUUGAUUGCCAUGAUGUGUUGCUUGAUAGGAACUCUAGAAUGUUUCAUUUAUCCAGUAGAAAGGAGUUGUCAUUUACUUCUGAAAAGCCUGAUGACCUAUCUGAGGAGAAAAUCAAUCUGUUCGGACUUGCGGAGAUGACACCUGAGGCUCGAGAUUACAUUACUCACUUGAGAUCAUGUUUAUCUUUAGCGAAAAGUGAAUUGCGUGAUUUGCGUCGAAAAAAUGCUGCUCUGCAGAUGCAACACGUUGUUGAGGAAGAAAAGAAUGACUUGUUACAUUACUUGAGGUCCUUGGAGCCUGAAAAGGUGGCAGAGCUCUCAGUACCAUCCUCGGCUGAACUGGAAGAAAUAAUACAUUGUGUCGUACACGGUCUCCUUGCUACGCUCUCCCCCAAAAUGCAUUCAAAGCCUCCCCCUCUGUUUGGAACUGGCAUGGCCUCAGCUGUAAAAUCUGGGGAGAAGAAUCAUGAAGAUACAGUCGAUAACACUUCCCUGCAGUUCCAGCCCCUCAUCUCAAUUACUCGCAAUUACCUUGCGCGUCUAUUAUUCUGGUGCAUGCUAAUGGGGCACCACUUGAGAGGUCUUGAAUAUCGAUUGGAGCUGGCGCAACUGCUCAACGUUCCAGAGACGGAUGCUCCCAGUGGCCGGCAAACUGCCUAACGCUGUAUUUUCCAGACAAUAGUUUUUGUAAUAAUUUAUAAGUUUGUUAUGAUAUGUACGUAUUAUAUAUAUGAAAUUUGACGCUUUCAAAAUAUUAGCUUUUUCCAAAAUGGUAGUAACCUGUAAUCCCCAGAUCUACCCCAAAAAAAAUAAAAUUGGGUUUCUAUAUU